AUGGAAACCAUCGGGGGUUCCAGGACCGUGAAAGAAGACCUCACCGUGGUCCUCAACGAUGUCCCCUACCUCCUAGUCAAUUGCCACUCACCAUUGAGCACGGAUCUUAAUUUUGCAGCCUCGCAGCAGCUUACCCCCUUCACUCUCUACUCAAUCCGCCAUGGGGACAAAAUCACAGGACCGAAGCUUGAAGACUUCCGUAGGAACAUCCUCGAGCAGGAUCCAACCUUUCAACCCGAGUUCCUUAGCCACAUCGUUUUCUACGGCUCUGAGGAUUUUGGCGUUGAGCUUCAGCCCACGGCGCUUAAAGGAGUGUCGCCGAACUUGGAACUAAUAUGGGCAGGUCUUAUGGAGCAACUGGCCGUGUGA